GCGUUCCGCGGCGCGCGGAACGACGGAAUCGCGAAUCACACACGAAGCGAAGACGUCGCGACGGUGACACCAACAGUGUAGCUGUUCCCAGUGCAGUAGCCGUAGUCGCGGAGAAGAUAUGGGAAGAUGUAUCUGAAGCGUACGUCCAAAUUGUUGGAUCUGUCGUCGCGGACCACCGCGGAUGUGCAUCUGCGUGAUCUGAUGUGCCCGGUGUGCCGUGGGAUAUUAAUCGAGCCAGUGACGCUGCCGUGCACACAUAACCUCUGCCUGCGCUGUCUUAAGGGUACGUUCGAACACAACAGUCUGAGCUGUCCCCUGUGCCGGGUCCGGGUGGGCUCCUGGCUGCGAAACGCGACCAAGUCGGAGACCCUGGUGAACCACGGCCUCUGGGAGCUCAUCAGGACCAAGUUCCCGAAGGAGGUCGAGAACAAGCAUAAUGGCGAGGAGGGGGAUCUCAGCUUGGACGCUGAUUAUGCGACAAAAAGAAUACUCAGCGCAGCUGGAGAAAUACAUAGAGAAUACGAGGCGCAACUUCAAAUGGCCGAGGAAGAGAUGCGUCGCCAGAGACAAGCCGAACAGAUAGCCAGCGAAGCAUUGAUACAAAAACUUCAGGCAGAGGAGCAACAGCUGUUGCUAGCUCAAUUGGCACAGGAUCAAUUGCUGGCCAAAACUUUGGCAAAGCAGCAGGUUGUGAAGAAGCACAAGGAAGCUACAAAGUGUUACAAUCAAUGUUUAAAUACAUCAGUAUCGAAUUACGUUCUCGAUGCGUCGAGAUUUAACACUAAAACUACGCUUGUAAAUAAUGUCGAAACGCCACAAACCGAAGCCGUAUACUUGGAAGGCAGGCAGAUGAGUCUUCCCGAGUCUGUCAAUGAUAGCUCAAAAACGAGACAAAUGAAUACGACAUUGUUAUCUAAAAUCGAGACAAUAUGUUCCAAUAUAUAUGGCUCUAAUGAGGCAAAUGCAUCUAAUAUGCAUAAAGUUUCAGUUAAAUAUUGUUGUCAGAAACAAAUACCUGUGUACAAUGUUGUCACAAAGACAUUGAAACAUCAAACAGUGUCCAAAUUCACUCAACCUUGUACUUCGAAUUAUCCCACGGAUCCCGGAUGUUCCACGUCCAAAGCUUACAUAACAGAAACUAAAGAAGAGUUGCGUGUACCAAGCGAUGUGGUAAACAGCAAAAAGAAGAAUUUAGGAAUAGAAGUGUGUAUGACACUGGUCGAAGACGAUGAAAGAAUAGGGAGUGCCGAAAGUUCGGGCAGUCAUGACAGCAUAAAUCAAGAGAUUCAUCAUUUCAAGCCGAUCAAAACGGUACCAAGGACAAAAUUAAAAAUUUCUUCAGAUGGGAAACAGAUAGAUCCGAAAUUGAUUAGAGUGAUCCCUGUUUUAAAGAAAGUAUCUAAUGUAGUGCCAAAACCUCCAUCGCCUACGCACAUGAAACGUAUAAUUGGAUGUUCUUGGAGCGCCUUCAAAGGUAGAAUAAGGCAGGACGCAAAAGAAAAGCAAGCUGUGCACAAUCUAGAAAAUACAAAGAUGCUGAUCGAUGAGCAACCGUCGACAUCACUCGACUAUUCUCAAACGGUCUCAAAUAAAUUAAUGACGAAGCCUCAUACAAACGACGUUAUUCGCCGACUCGAUUUUGUGCCCGAACCAUCAUUCGACAGCAACAAAAAUUAUACGAAAAAUCCAAACAAAAUAGUUAAUGGCCUUAAGACAAGCAAGAAGUUGUCAUUGGACGAGGCAUCAGAUACGAGAGAAACUCGUAAGUCUUGGAGGACGCGCGUGAGAAAUGGUAUGAUAGUGAAAUCUAAGCAGAAUAGAAAUCUUCGAAGUAGUAAAAAGGUAGCUGGACUUACUUCGAACGUGAUAGACGAAGAAGAAGACGAUCCGGUAAAUUCAGUCGAUAAAAUAAAUCCGCAAAAUGAUGAACAAAACGGUGAUCGCAAUGACAUGGCGAUCGAAAAUAUAGCGGAACGUAUUAAAAGAAGAAAAGAAAAGAUGGAAAAAGAAACAUCGAAUUCAAAAACUGAACCCAAUACAUCUACAAGAAGCAGAACAGUAAAGAAGAAAACAUUAUCUGAAAGGAGAGACGAGAGUCCUGCGACGAAUCACGUCUCGUUCUCGACGUUCGAAAACAAUGCGAAAGCGAAUAUUGAAUACUCUGAGCCGAGGAGAACGAAACGGAGGAAAAUCAACAGGACUUCUCAAAACAAUACAGAGGAUCGGGAGCAAAACGAGUUUCCUUCAGACGCGAGUGGUAAAGCGAGUCUGAGGAAGUCUACACGAAACUUGACGAAAGUCUCUAAAUCGAGCGAUCACGUAUCGGAUGGAGAACGCAACAAGACUAACAGCAGAUUUAAUUACGAUUCACCACCAGAAUCUUCCGACGAGACGGAGGAAUGCGUUCCGGAGAACAACCACGUCGGAACUUGCGUCAACGAGCUGUUCUCGGACAAAGAAGCGAUCGAGGAGCAGCAACGGAUAGAACGAUUGCUGUUACAGGAGCAAGAGGAUUUUGAACUGGCUCGUCGCUUGCAAGCGCAAUUCGAUGAAAUGGAGCGAAUAGCCGGGCGUCCUAGACGUACGAGGAAGGCUACUGAGAAUGAGAGAAGUAUUGAGACCGACGUGACCGGAACAGUCUGUAAAACGAACGGCAAACGCAAAUCAACCGUCGGUCGAACCGUGAAUACCACAGCUAAGAGGAAACGGGGCAGGCCAUCGAAAUGCGUGAAAAUCGCAGCAAACGCGCGCGAAGACGAGACGCGUGCGCGAUAAUCGCAUUUCAUAUGCGCACGAAAAUCCUCCGCACAGCUGGAUGUUCCUAUAAGCCAUACAUAUAAAGGAAAGUUGGAGUUCGAUUAUAACUUUUUGCGACUUUGUAUAGUGUCUUAUGUAUUUUACGAGAGAUCGUUUGCGUCAUGUCGAAUGUGUACCUGGAUAACAAUGCGAGAGUAUAAAUGCGCAGCGUAUAAAUGCAAAUCUUUAGAUUGUUACAAUGUCGUUUUUUGGUGUCCACUUUAUGGAACGUUAAUGCGCGCCUACGUGCCGUUUUUGUUCCUAACGUAAUCAAUCGUGCACGUUUUUAAAAUAGCGAUAGGAAAUGCGACUUAUGCUCAUAUGCAAUACGUUCCCGAAACAAUUGACCGAAAUUUUAACAAGUUUUGUUCGAUAGAAAUCUUCCGUGAAAAAGAAUUCUUUUAAGAUGAAAGUCACAGAAGUUUUCGGAACGCAUCUCGUAUCUCUAUUUUUAUUAGUCCUCUUGAUAAAAUGAAAUACAAUCAAAACGAAGAAUGACAAUAUGCGAACGAAAAAAUGUGUUAAAUCUGGUGAUGAGUGAGAAGAAUGAGGAAUACAUCUGUCCGUAAUUUUGAUGAUGAAAUAUGCGCACGAGAUUGAAAAAGUGUAAUUUUAUACAAUGAUUACAAUUAUUUUUUAAGAGAGCUUCUCCAUUUAGGCUUAAGUCGCUACUUAUUGCAACAGUCCAUAACAAUUAUUAGAGAUACGCAAGUUAAUCAGCUUUUUUCUUGAAAGUUCGAUUAUACGUCGACAGCUGGUAUCCUUGAUCAUUUUCUUCGCUUUCAGUAGAAAAUAACCAAGACACGGAAUAACAAUUGCCGCGAUGUGUAUCGCUGGAUCGAGGACUAACAGAGCGCUAGCUUUUAUCAUUACGCGAUUUAUAAAGUUAUUAAUAAGAACUUUCUAUCGGGAGUUACUAUAUCACGAGAUAACAUAUAUUUAUAUUUCUAUAUCUAUUGUUUCCGUGGACAUAAAUUACUAGUUAAAGUUAAGUGAAAUUUGACUGAAUUCACAUUUCUUUCCAAGUACAGAACUAAGAGACCGGAACUCUAAAACUCACUUUAGUUAUCUUUAGCCAAUAUUCACGCAAGCUACUAUAAUGUAUAGCAUUUGUUAUAUGACAUUUGUAUAUCGAUAUCAUCAUCGAGAAAGGCAGAUUAUUUAACGAAUAUAAUUGUGUAUAGCGUUAAAAGAGGAAUUAUAUGUUUCUUAAGAUAUGCGCUUGAUAUGCGCACUUGUCUACUGUCAGCUUCGACGGCCUUGAUUAUCAUACCGCAAUUAUCGAAUAAAUUGUUAUAUAUUAAGCGUUAUAUUAAGAGAUUUAUAUAUACAUCUCGCGCGCGCGGACGGAUUUCGCGUCGGGACUCGACGAAUGCAGAGUUAUCGAGAAAUAUAGUUCCUUCAAUGGAGUUCCGUUUCCGAUAAAUUAAAAUUCUUUCUCGCCCUAAUUAUUAUAUAUGUUUCUACAUAC